GCAUCUUUCAUAUUUACUACAACAUAAGAGAAAGAAAUGACACACAAAAUUGUUUUGUCUCUCCUUCCUUUUAUUUUGCUCUUGUUGAUUAAUGGACAAGGAAGCUUUGCUAGAUAUAUAAAACUUCAACAAGAGAUUGUAGAAGAAAAAGAAGUUGAUCAACCUUACCUUGAUGGCUGGCUCAAAAAUCCAUUGAAGAACCAAAAACUCAUUUCUAGCUCCAACCAAGUUUAUCUUGAUGGAUGGUUGAAAGAUACCAGAUCUGAGGGAGCAAAGUCGACUCCUGAAUCCAACCAAGUUUACCUUGAUGGAUGGUUGAAAGAUACCAGAGUUGAGAAAGAAAAAUCUAAUGCUAACUCCAACCAAGUUUAUCUUGAUGGAUGGUUGAAAGAUAUCAGAGCUGAGAAAGUAAAGUCUGCACCUACAUCCAACCAAGUUUACCUCGAUGGAUGGUUGAAAGAUACCCGAGAAGAGAAAGCAAAAUCUACCUCAGACUCCAACCAAGUUUACCUUGAUGGAUGGUUGAAAGAUACUAGAGCUGAGAAAGAAAAAUCUACCGCUGACUCCAACCAAGUUUAUCUUGAUGGAUGGUUGAAAGAUAUCAGAAAUGAGAAAGAAAAGUCUGCCCAUAACUCUAACCAAAUUUACCUCGAUGGAUGGUUGAAAGAUACCCGAGCAGAGAAUGAAAAAUCCGCCUUUGAAUCCAACCAAGUUUACCUUGAUGGAUGGUUGAAAGAUACCCGAUCUAAGAAAGAAAAAUCAACUGAUGACUCCAACCAAGUUUUUCUUGAUGGUUGGUUGAAAGAUAUCAGAGCUGAGAAAGAAAAGUCCACCCAUAACUCGAACCAAGUUUACCUUGAUGGUUGGUUGAAAGAUACCCAAGCAGAGAAAGAAAAAUCCGCCUCUGAUUCCAACCAAGUUAACCUCGAUGGAUGGUUGAAAGAUACCCGAGCAGAGAAAGAAAAAUUCACCUCUAAUUCCAACCAAGUUUACCUUGAUGGAUGGUUGAAAGAUACCCGAUCUGAGAAACCAAAAUCCACAUCUGAAUCCAACCAAGUUUACCUUGAUGGAUGGUUGAAAGAUACCCGAGCAGAGAAAGUAAAAUCUACCGCUGACUCUAAUCAAGUUUAUCUUGAUGGAUGGCUGAAAGAUAUCAGAGCUGAGAAAGCAAAGUCCGCCCAUAACUCUAACCAAGUUUACCUUGAUGGAUGGUUGAAAGAUACCCGAUCAGAGAAAGAAAAAUCCACCUCUGACUCCAACCAAGUUUACGUUGAUGGAUGCUUGAAGGAUAUCCGUGCUGAGAAAGAAAAAUCCACACCAGACUCCAAACUAGUUUAUCUUGAUGGAUGGUUAAAAGAUACCCGAAAGUAAAUUAUAUCUUUGUUUGUUAAUGCCUAUGUCAUUCCUGUGAUUUUCAAUGUUGUCCUAUGUUUUAAAUUUCUAUGUAUUGUAAGAUCUUAUUUCUAUGUACUAAGUAAGGUCUCGCUGUGUACUAAAUAAUUUAGUGUUUCUAUGAGCUAGAUGUUUGUGUUUUAAAAGAA